AUGACCGCCGACUCCAUGCACAACGCCUUCCGAGGUCUCAACCUCUCCGAUCCACAGCACGACCCCAGAAAACAACAGCAACAGCAACAGCAGCCACAGCAACAUCAGCAGCAAACUUUUACCACGCCUCCUCGUCAGCCCGCUUCGCUUCGUUCGCCCACCAUCCUCACCUCCGACCUCCCCGGCCAGCCCGGCUUCUCCUCCCAAAACCACCCACACUCGCCCAACUCGCUCGGUCAGAGCGCAGCCGCACGCUUCGAGCGCUUCUUCCCUUCCUCCCCCAAUACCACCAGCUCCAACCCUUCCUCCGCCGGCCAAACCUUCACCAGCUCCAUUGGCUCCGCCGCCGGUCUCGCCGCCAACAGCGCCUUUGGCUCCUUUGGUCACAGCCUCGCUCCAGGCAGCAUGAACGGAUCCAGCAACGGCUCCGGCCACUUUGGCUCCUCCCACAACGGCCCUCGCAAGGCUUCCAGCCGCGCCGCCAUCCCCGCACAGUGGAGCUCCCAAGACCCCUCCGCGCUCAACACCGCGCCCUCAGGCACCUCGCCACCCAAAACCAACAACCCGCUCCUCCAAGCCUAUCCCGCACACGACGCCAACGCACUCGCACCAGGCGACGACGACGUCAUCCCCACCGCCAUCGUCGUCAAAAACAUCCCCUUCAGCGUAAAGCGGGAGCAGCUGCUCGAGAUCAUCGAGGAUCUCGGCAUCCCCAUGCCAUACGCCUUCAACUACCACUUUGACCAGGGCAUCUUCCGCGGCCUUGCCUUUGCCAACUUCCGCAGUGCAGAGGAGGCCGACGCCGUCGUGGCAGCGCUCAACGGCUUCGACGUGAGCGGCCGCAAGCUGCGCGUCGAGUACAAAAAGGUGCUCCAGGCUGGCGAGAAGGAGCGCAUCGAAAAGGAAAAGGCCAUCAAGCGCAUGCAGAGCAUGCAGCUCGAAAAGGAGAGGGAGCGCGAGCGUCGUCGUCAUCAGGACGAUUAUGCCGCCAACGCCUACCUCAUGCCCGGGUUUGGCAGUGCCAACGCUGCCGAUGCAUAUGCGCUCGAUGCCGGCGCACACCAGCAAGGUUUUGAGCAGGGCGUGCGUGCUCCGCUCACCGCGGACUCGCUGCGCAAAGUGCCCUCGUCCCAGCACCUUUCGGCCGGCGCAGGUCGUGCUGCCGGUCCACCUUCGUCGUCCAGCAACCCCACCGCCGCUGCGGCGAAUGGUGCUGCUGGCGCUGCGGGCGCCGCAUCGGCAAAGAAGGAGGAGCUGGAUCUCAACGAUGCUGCGACGCUCGAGAUCUACUCGCGCGUGCUGCUCUUCAAGGACGACCGCAUGCGCGACGAGCUCGCCUUUUCGCGCAGCCUCACACCCAUGGAGCGUCGCACCGUGCAUCUCGUCGCACAGCGGCUGGGGCUCUUCCACUACUCGCUCGGCGAUGGGGAGGAGCGCUACGUGAUUGUGACCAAGAACGAGGUGAGUGCGCCCGCGAGGCCGUUGCGCUCGCAGGCGUCGACCAUCGGACGCACGCAACGCACAGCAGGCUUGGACGGCGCUUCCACCGGCGGCUUCUUGGGUCCGGGCAGUGCGGCUACGACGGGUCGUGCCGGACUGCGCAUGAAGAAGUCGGCACCCGAUAUGAAGCGCGGCGAACGCGAUGCGGGCUAUGCUGGUCACGGCUACGGCGCAGGUAUGGGUGGUGCACUGUCGGCGCAUCGAUCCAACACCAACCUGCGGGACGGAUAUUCGUCGACCAUGGGGCGUCGAACUCAGCCGAAUGCUGCGGGUGGAGCUGCUGGUUUGCAGAGUCUAUUUUCGCAGCCGGAUGCGACGCCGUCGUCGCAGAGUGGAACCGAGUCGUCGAGCCACAACUCUUCGCCUACGCAUUCGAGCCUGUUGCGUCAGCCUCGUGGCCCGCCUGCCCCCGGAACGGAUCUGCGCAACUUUGCAGUGAGGUCCAGGGUCUCGACCAACUCGAGCAACAGCAGCGCCCUCCCCGUCGUCACCCCACCCACUGCACCCGUCGGCGGCUUCCAGCUCCAUAUCAACGGAAGCCCCUCCAAGACCAACGCAUACCCAGGCUUGGACCAUCUAGAACCCACCUCCCACCAGCCACUCGAGUUUUGA